AUGUCCGCCACAAAGACCAAGGUGCAAUCCAUCAUCGAUGAGAACCCCGUCGCAGUCUUCUCGAAGAGCUACUGCCCCUACUGCCGUUCCGCGAAGCAGCUGCUGAGCGACAGCGGCGCAAAGUUCUACGCCAUUGAGUUGGACCAAGUCGACGACGGCUCCGCGAUUCAGUCUACGCUCGCCGACAUCACCGGCCAGUCUACUGUCCCCAACAUCUUCAUCGGACAAAAACACAUUGGUGGAAACUCCGAGCUGCAGGGCAAGAAGAAGGACCUGCCUAACUUGCUCAAGACCGCCGGCGCUGUCUGA